AUGUCGACACUUCGGCAAGGAUUAGUAACUUCCGCUGUAAAUUUUCUUAAGGAUCCAAAUGUCCAAAAUUCACCUCUAAAAAAGCGUGUAGCUUUUCUAGAAUCUAAAGGCUUAACUUCCGAGGAAAUCGAAGAGGCAUUGAGGAAAGCCAAAGACGAUGAUAUCUCUACCAAAGUAUCCGAUGUUCAACAUAAUCAGCCCAACGCCACUUCGAGUGGUCAACCUAUGAUUAUACAGCCGCCUCCAGUUCCAAGAAUGGACUGGAGAGAUUAUUUCAUUGCUGCUGUUUUAGUUGGUGGUAUUGGCUAUGCGAUCAUUGCUGUCACUAAGAAAUAUAUUACUCCUCUUUUGAGGUUACCAACUGCUGACGAUCUUGAACGUGACAAGCAACUUCUUACUAAUCAAUUCACAACUGCUUCUGAAACAUUAGACACUGUUAAAAAUGACAUUCAACUUGUUAAAAAAAGCAUUGAAGAACAAUCUUCUAAAGUUAGAGAGACGUUAGAGAGUUUGGAUAAAAUGUUGAAAAAUUUAAAGGAUCAUGAAAUGAAAAAAGAGGCUGAACUUAGAAAUUUAAAAGAUGAUGUAGACACAAUACGUGAAUUGAUUCCAAAAUUACUUGAAAAGACAAAAGAGUCUCAAUCUCAAUCACUAAAUGAUUUACAGCAAGAACUCAAAUCUUUAAAAUCUCUUCUCGCAAAUAGACGAUCUCUUUCUACCGAUAUACUACCAUCGUCGUCAUCUCCAACUAUUACUUCUAAUGCAACUUCUCCUAUCGUUCAAUCUAUUUCGUCACUUCCUGGAAUUACCUCGGGUCGUCCAACAAUUCCAACCUGGCAAAUGGCGUAUUCUAUUAAUGAAACCUCCACGGACAAAGGCUAUUGCCGUACAGAUCAAAUUGGUAGAUUUGUACAACAUACAUUAGUUAUGUAA